GUAUCUGAACGGCUGGGCGGCACACUACAGGCAGUCCAUUGUUCUCUCCGCCUUCUCCCACCCCUCCAUCAACGCUCUCUUUCACCGAUCCUGCUCCAACUUCUCCGGCAAAGCGAAGCUUCGGUCAGAGUACGUAGGAGUGCUGGCCCUGGUGGUGCCGCAGGUGCAGCAGGUGUUUGACCGCGUUGACUGCAGCGCCAUCACAGCAGCAGCAGAGGCGCGCUUCCAGUUCUUCCUCUCCACCAUCUUCCCGCGCCUCCGCGACUCCGUUCAGGGAGGCGUGCUGGUAUACACGCAGUCCUACUUUGAGUUUGUGCGCCUCAGAAACUUCUUCAAGCAGGAGAACCUCUCCUUCUGCCUCCUCUCUGAGUACACGGACGAGCGCAACGUGCACCGGGCGAGGGCGUGGUUCUUCCAGAACCGGCGGCGCAUCAUGCUCUACUCGGAGCGAUCGCACUUCUACCACCGCUACCGGAUCCGGGGCAUUAGGGAAGUCGUAUUCUACUCGCUGCCAUGCUACCCGCAUUUCUAUGCAGAGAUCCUCAACCUACUGGAAGGGGUGGACAACGCAUCCUGCUCCGCCAUCUUCACUCGCUUUGAUAACCUCGAGCUGGCAAGGAUUGUGGGAUCUUCUAGAAGCACCAGGAUGCUGCAAUCCCCCAACCACACCUUCAUGUUCUGCUGA